GGCAGAUGGAUAUAUACAUUGAGCGCCAGAAGGAGAGCGAUGUUAUCCAGAACUUUGCGGCCAACAACCAGGGAAAUAUAGAGGCGCUGAUGGACGAAUUCAGGAAGCAGUAUGCCCUGGAAAUGUUCAUGAACUCGCACCAGCCUGUUCAGAAGAAGGGCAUCGAUGAAAUCCUCGCCAGAUACAACCUGCCCCCCUUCCCGAACCUGUCCCUUAGGGUUAGGGUUAGGAGGACUUCAAGGAAGUGUGAGGCCUCCAUUAUUCGAAGUGAAUUAGUGACUUUUACUCCGAGAUACGAUUUCAUUCAAUGAGUCUGGAAGUUACUGGUAUGUGAAGCUAUCACGGCGUGUCACUCUACGAACAUCAGAAUCAUUCGGACACAACCACCACAAUCUUGAUAUCAGUUUAAGUAUAAUCAG